GAGCGCGACUGACGACGCGCGCCUUUCUGCGAGGAGGAGAGAGACAAUCCUGCUCCGGGCGUGCGUCGGGAGAGGGAGGGAGAGAGGAAGGAAGCCGGGCGAGAGCGAGAAAGGACAGCCUCGGAGGCUUGGGAGAAUUCCGCUUCCGUUCGGGAGCAGGGACCCGCCGCCGCCUCGAACGGACUCGGGCUGGGUCUCUUAACGUGGUCUCCCCUCUCCGAAGCGCCGCGGGGCCACCGACAUGGCGACCUCUCCGCAGAAAUCGCCCUCCGCCCCCAAGUCUCCAACCCCCAAGUCGCCCCCUUCCCGGAAGAAAGACGACUCCUUCUUGGGCAAACUUGGCGGCACCCUGGCAAGGAGGAAAAAAGCAAAAGAAGUGUCUGAGUUACAAGAAGAAGGAAUAAAUGCCAUUAACCUACCACUCAGCCCAAUUCCCUUUGAACUAGAUCCUGAAGAUACUAUGCUAGAGGAAAAUGAAGUUCGAACAAUGAUCGAUCCCAAUUCAAGGAACGAUCCAAAACUUCAGGAGCUGAUGAAGGUGUUAAUUGACUGGAUUAAUGAUGUAUUGGUAGGAGAACGCAUCAUUGUGAAAGAUUUGGCUGAGGACCUGUACGAUGGCCAAGUAUUACAAAAACUCUUUGAGAAGCUUGAGAGUGAGAAACUCAACGUUGCCGAAGUCACGCAGUCAGAAAUAGCUCAGAAACAGAAGCUGCAGACGGUACUUGAAAAGAUCAAUGAAACCCUUAAACUCCCUCCAAGGAGCAUCAAGUGGAAUGUUGACUCUGUCCAUGCUAAAAGUCUAGUUGCAAUACUGCAUCUUUUGGUUGCAUUGUCUCAAUAUUUCCGUGCCCCGAUCAGACUGCCGGAUCAUGUGUCCAUCCAGGUUGUUGUGGUCCAGAAACGUGAUGGCAUCCUCCAGUCCCGACAAAUACAAGAGGAAAUUACUGGUAACACCGAGGCAUUGUCAGGACGGCACGAACGGGAUGCAUUUGACACCCUAUUUGAUCAUGCUCCAGACAAACUCAAUGUAGUGAAAAAGACCCUCAUAACUUUUGUGAAUAAGCACUUGAACAAGCUGAAUUUGGAAGUUACAGAGUUGGAAACCCAGUUUGCAGAUGGAGUGUACCUGGUGCUCCUGAUGGGUCUUCUCGAAGGUUAUUUUGUGCCUCUACACAGCUUUUUCUUGACUCCUGAUAGUUUCGAACAAAAGGUCCUUAAUGUGUCCUUUGCAUUUGAGCUAAUGCAAGAUGGAGGGCUGGAAAAACCAAAACCAAGGCCAGAAGACAUUGUAAAUUGUGAUUUGAAGUCAACCUUGAGAGUGCUGUACAAUCUCUUCACAAAGUAUAGAAACAUAGAAUGAAGAAUCUGUUGAAAUUGCCACAGAUGGCUGUAAAUGAACCAACAAGGAAGCCUCUCCAAUCUUUGCCAUCUUUCUGUUUUAAAUAAACACUAUGCUUUCCUCAAAGGAGACACCAUGCUUCUCAGAAUACUCUUGCUAUGUUUGUUUUACAUAAGCUAGGACUGCCAAUAUAUGUUAUGAAGUAAAAAUCCAAUGCACACAUUUGCUGCUGAGAUUCCAUGCUACUAUAUAAUUCUUAUAUUUAAACACUCUCUUAAUUUCAUGAAGAACAGGCAUAAAGUCUGAUCCAGAACUGGGUCGAGGGAGACAAAUGAAAAGAACAGCAUUUCCCCUUUUUUAUUGCACAGAGGCAGUGACCCAGAAGUUCAUGCACCAUAGGCUCUUGCGCUGCUGAAUGGGAGACUGUCCUUGUUUGGGACCUGUCCUAGUGGAAGAGCCUGUGCAUCUUCUGCCUUUGGCGCCUCUGCUCCAAUGCUCUGCCCCUUUUUUGGUGUACCAUACAAUGCACUUAAUCAGUCCAGGAAGUGGACCAUUUCUUAAUGUGGCCUUUUCAUUGUUGCUGGCGCUCCACCACAACUCUGUACUGCUCUGUACCUCAAUAAUAAACAAGCUUGGGGAACUGCCUUAUUAGCAGCAAGAUGCCAUUUAAGCUGUCAUGGUGCAAAGUGGUGUUUAAGGUUUGGCAGAUAAAUAACUUAGAUCCAGAUGGUCCUGUUUAAUGGAGUUGUGUGUCAGGCUACAGGAAAUUUUCCAUGACACUGCGUGUGUGUGGUACGUAUUUAUUUCAGGAAAGGAUCCCUCCUACCCAUAAUGAGAUAUAAAACUGCUGUUAUGAAGACCAUGGAGAAUAUAUUAGCAUACCAUGGAUGGUAUGAUUUAAAUGUGAUCGAAGAAAAGCUUCAAAACAGGUUUCACCUGAGUAUUAUUUCCUAUGCAAUAGUGGCCUGUGUACACAUUCCUUAUAAUUUUUUUAUAUCUUAAAGUUUACAAUAAGCUUUAUAUGUGCAGAAUAGCACAUUUCAUCGUAUUACUUUCUGCACUAGGAACACUUGGCUAGUUGAAGAGACAAUGGUACUAAAUGUGUAGAUGAAUUCAAACUCGCAAGUCUUUAACAGCAAAACACAGAGAAAGCCAGCAUGGUGACACAGUGACUGAAUAGAGUGAGGUCUGCUCUAUCAGGGCACUGACAGGUAAUCAAAAUAAGCUGUUUUUACUUAAUUGGAAUGAAACUUUAAAACAAAUUAAUUGGUACAAGAAGUUUAACUUUUACUUUUCUCCUUGGAGCAAACUUUAAAAUAAAUCAUGUGCCAGCAAGUAAACAUUGUACUAAUAUGUGGGCUGAGUAGCCCACCAAAAGCACAGAGGUGAGCAGCAAAGGGCAAUGAAAAUAUGAGCUGAAGGCUGUACGUUUAUUGUGUGAAGACUGCAGGGAAUGGGAGUUCACCUCUUUGCAGGAAUAUCUGUAUGGCGCCUCUACUCCAUUAUCACUAUGGACCACAAUCUUUCAGGUUCUUUGGCAAGCAAACACUUAAUUAUGAUUAUGUUUGAUGGUUUCUGUUCAGGUUCAAAGUAAGACAAUAAUCUGAGGUUUGGCUCAGUUCUGUUUUUUCUGGGGGGAAACCUUCCCCAACCAGUUUGGGGUUGAGAUUCCAGAUUGGCUUAGUACCCUUGAACUGUGGGCAGUGUUCCCUCUAAGCUGAGUUAGUGUGAGCUAGCUCACAGUUUUUUAGCCUCUG